AACAAGUUUAUUGCGUCCAGAUUCUAAAAUUUUCGUGUAUUUUUGAAAAUUUUCCCAUGCAAAGAAUCCACACAAAUCGAUAAAGUUUGCGGGAUGAUUCGCUGUUGCAUUAGAAAUUGCGACACGGACGAAAACGUCGUAAACUGCACAUCCGUUUUCUUCGUCAGUUUCCCAACGGAUGUUUCGUUCCGCACUGAAUGGCUCAACAUUCUUACCGUCAACGAUGCGCUAUUCCCUGGCUCGGAAGUAACCCUGAGCACCAAGAUCUGCAGUUGCCACUUUGCCGAUGAAGCUUUCGGAAGGCAUCCCGUGCAUGGUUAUCGAUUCCUGCUGCCGACUGCCGUUCCCACUAUUUUCCCCCUAUCGGUUCCACCAGAAUCGUUACUGCCACACCCGGUAGAUGAUACAAAUCCUUUGCUACAAGAUUUUGUCGAUACCAGCGAUCUAGUGGAUGAUGAGAGCAACCUGAUUUCGGCUCCAGACGAAAUGGGGAUCUUUCAGGCUGGGACAGAUUUAUCAGUUCCGGAAGAAGCUGCAUUUGUACCGAACAACGGACUGCUGACACCAUCGGAAAUUGAGUUAGCCCAACCGACGAAGGCCAUCGGAAUUGAGUAUGCCGAUGGAAAGUACUAUUUCCUGCAGUCGGAAGAUGAAUCAGAUGAUGAGUUGAUUGAACGGGUUAGCACUUUGGAUUGUCAUUCGAUGCAGCUACCGAUGAAAAUUAACCGGGAAGAUAAUGUCUCACCGUUGGAUGAAAUCGAAGAGGAACAACUACAAGAGGUAGAGGAUGUGGCGGAAGCAGAGAAUGAGUUCGAAUUGGUCGUUUCGGAUAAUUUUAGUUUAGAGGAGGCAGAGGAACAGCUUCAGCAAGAAGACGACUGCGAUAGGCUGUUUGUGGAAGAAACUCCGACGGAGGUGGGAAUGGAUAGUUUGAUCGAGGAGGGUAGCGUGAUAACCACCUCGGAGGUGACCGAUGCUGAUGGUCAGGAGUAUGUUCUGGUGAAGGAAGAAAUGCACGAUGAAAGCAGUCAACUAAUGAUGGAAGCAUUGGACGAUGAAUCUGUAAUCGAAAGGGAUAACAUCACUGAUUAUGGCACGGUUGAAAUGCUGGAAGAUUCGUUCCCUUCGAAUUCAAAGGAGAAAAGAGUGGAUAAACAUUUUUGCACGUACUGCAAUAAAGGUUUCCCUUACGAAAGUGCUCUUAAGAAACAUUUGUUUGUGCACACCGGUUUGAAGCCCCACGUUUGUGGCACCUGCGGUAAAAGUUUUUCCCAAAAGAUUAACCUCUCAAUCCAUCUGCGAAAGCACACUGGAGAAGAACCACUCAAGAAGUAUACCUGCUCCGUUUGCGGAAAGAAAUGCAUUCGAUUGAGCGAACUGAAAAUUCAUUUGAAAACCCACUGGAAGAAGUAUCCUCACGCUUGCACGCUUUGCACGGAUCGAUUCGCCGAUAUUACCAACUAUUACGAGCACAUCAAAUCGCAGCACAAGAACGAAAUAUCCCUCCAGGAGAGUAUCGAUAUGAUUGCUCAGAACGAGAACGCUGAGCUGAUCGUGCAGGGUGAUGAUGAUACGAUUACCGUAGAUGAUGGAUUGUACCGCUGUACGGUUUGCCUGAAGACGUUCAAAACGGAAAGGCUGCUAAAGAAGCACAAACGGAAAAUGCAUCCCAAGGUGUUUGUCUGUGCCAGCUGUCCGAAGCAGUUUCUGUACAAAAGUUUACUUGACAAGCAUGCGCGCGUGCACACACAGGAGAAACCGUUCAAAUGCCCGCAAUGUGAUACGUCAUUUUCGCAGAAGGUCAAUCUGGAGGUCCACCUCGGCAAGAAGCACAACAUUCACGUGCGAAACAUCCAGCCAAGGUUGUUCGUCUGUGAGUACUGCAACAAAUCGUUCGAUCGACCUUCCACGCUGCAAGUUCACAUCCGCACGCACACCAAAGAGCGGCCUUUCGGUUGUAUGGACUGUCCGAAAUCGUUUGCAUCGAAUAGUGCCCUGGCAACGCACAUCAAGACCAACCACCGGGGAGAGUCAAUACUGUUGCAAUCAUUCCAACGGAACUCAGCUAUCAAUGCCGAAAGCAUUAUCCUGGAAGAACGGAGCGCCCCUUCGGAUAUCGUGGAGGAGGAAGAAGACGAGGAUGUCAAGUUCAUUCAAUAUUCCAUUCAGUUUGUCAAUACGGAUGGAAAAGAGGAUUUUCUCUAGGCAGGCGGACUCUGCGGAUUUGUGUGUACAUAGUAGGUAAUUUAGUUAAGUUAGUGGAUGUU